GAGGCUGCUGCUGCUGUUCGCAAGCAUGAGCAAGAGAUUGCCGAUGGGCAAUUGGAAUGCGAGAUCGAACGACGACGAACCAGUCAUGAUCAGCUGCUGUUGAGUGAACGACUGCAGCGAUGUGGCCUCAUGGACGACGCUCACUACUAUCAGGACUACUGCCAAGACUCUGAGCAAGUUUGUGAGAAGAAUCCAUUACGAGAAUCCGGAGGAGCAUCCUGGCGGGAAGCUGAGCUGCUCUCAGAGGGGUUGUUUUUGAAGCGGUGGAAUGCACCGACCGUACCGAUCACCACCACAGCUCAAUAA